CAACUAACCAACAUGGCAGAAAAAGAAAUUCUGGACAUCUUCAAACUAGAUACAGUUCAGGAUGAUGAGAUUCUCCGACAGCUCUAUGGGGAGGCUAGUGAAGGAGCAUCACAAGAAGCGAGUCUUCAGGCUUGGCUGUCACUGCUACCUGGCAAUAUCUCUGCUAUGAUCCAGCUAGCACUGCGUCAGGAGCGACCAUUCCUUCCACCAGGUGUCACCCCAGAGAUGAUGGCAGAAACCAAUGACACUCUACCAUGCAUGAACCAUAUUGAGAUUCUCUAUAGAUGCAUAGCGAAAGCAGCAGUAGCAGACAUGGACACCAUGGCAGCACUCAUCUAUGUGGUAGACCGAGCUGCAUACAGGUUUGGGGCCUCCAGGGCCCUGCUGCAGGUCUUGAACAUCCUCCUGGACAGAGCGCCCCACACACCAGUGGCACCACAGGUCAUCAUCAGGAAGGCCCGGGUCAUGAAGGACGAUGGUGACCUUCAUGGAGCUGUCCGAGUGCUGGACGCUGUCAUAACAAGGGACAGUGUGUGGGACUAUAGAGAUGAUGACCAAUACAACAAUGUCAAGGCUGUUUGUGUGCAGAUCAAGGGUCAUAUUCUUCACAAUCUAGGAAUGUGGAAAGACGCCAUUGAGCCCUUGGUAGAAUCGGUUGACUCUUUUAACAAGAUCCAUGAUGACAAGGGAACAUCAUCUUCCCUUGGGCUUCUGACCAAAUGCCUGAAGAAGCUUACGAUGGCUGACUACAAUGAAAUGAAACAAAAGUACCCUACAAUGUUCUCCCAGUCUCAUCCCUGCUAUGAGGCCUAUGUCAAGGGAAUGGAUGCCGUCAAGUACAUCGUAGACCUGGGACAGACACUCUAUGUUGCCAAACACCAACUUGUUGCUGAGGAAUCCUUGCUGAUGUUUGCUCUUCAGCAGCCACCUUCUUUGAGAGAGUUCAUGUGGUUCCAGACCAUUGUGGCAGACAUCAAGAAAACUCUCGCUACACAUGAAACUGUCAGCAAUCUCAAGAGUCUGGAAACAUAUUUUGAGUUUGUGAAAGCAAUUUUCCUGAUUCAUUUGACCUUAUACUUCUCUCCCUUUCCUCAAGACCGUUCAUUAUCCAAGUACCUGGAGCAGGUCAGUAUUGAGCUGUACCGCCAUCUUUGUUCUUGUCAGACCAGACGUCAACUUGUGACAAACUUGGAACAUACCAGGAACUCUGUGUCUUUCAUGAAUGCAUCUCUUGGCAUCCUGGGAUUGCCCAUGCUACAGGGCACUGAUAGUGUCUCGGUGAAUGUGGAAGUGUCAUCACCAGCAUCAGACGACUCCUCUGACAAAACACAAGGGAAAGCAGAUACCAUUAAAGAGUCAUCAAAAGCAGAUCAAAUGUCAGAUAAAGCAGGUACAGUUCCUGCUGUGCAGAAUCCUUUAGCACCUGCUUCCAGACAGAAUCCUGGCACAUUUCCAGGAGCUGUAAAGAGUCAGAACCCCAAAGCAACAGACCUAUAUUCAAGGAAGUAUAUAGGACUAACAGUAGAUGCAUCUUCAUUCUCAACAACCUCAGGUUCUUCUAGUCAGUCUGGAUCAGAUGGGACUUCAAGCAAGGAUCCAGAACUUGUGAAUCUAUCGGUCAUCUCCGUUAGUGCCACUAUGGAGAAAUUUAACAUUCUUGAUUUAAAUUCAGGCUCAGAAAUUUUGGGUGCAUUUAAUGACAAGAAUACUGCACCUGCUACCCUAAUUUCUGGUCAGACUUCCCAUAGAAACAAGACAACUUCUACCUCUGCUUCUUCAGAUAAAUCAUUGACGGACAGUUCAGCCUCCAGGAAGUCCACUUCCUCCAGUUCAGGAUCAGCUGGCCUGUCCUCCGCUUCUACUUCUUCCUCUAGAGUCUCCGGAGAGUCUGGGUUUAGUUUCUCCCCAUCUCCCACCCAGCAUAGCUCCAGUGAAUCCUCCACCUCUUAUGUGGACUUGUCAGCCACCACAGAAGAGUGGCAUAAUCUGACUGAUGAGACGGGUGAGUUAUCUCCCCUAGUGGAUCUGAGUUCCUCCACAGUAAACAGCUCACUAGAGGGCCUUCACUUCGGGCACAGUGUUGAAACAAGGAGUGCUGAGGAGUACCUGGAGCAUUGGGAGCCGCCCACAGUGGAUGAGACUAUCAAAGUAAACAAGGCCCUGUUGCUGACCUACAACCCUGUGACAGGGGACUGGCUGUCUCAGAGUACACUCGUACACAGGGGACAGGAACUGGACCUUGGAGGCAACAGGAAGGGCAACUGUCGAGAGGUGUUCGAGGUCUACUUCCUCCAUCAGGAUGAACCACUGGGCAGGUAUGUGUGCAAGCGGUACUGGCAGCAGCGCCCUGCCCGGUACUACCAGCAGGACGUGGUGUGUCAGAUGAUGGCCGGCUACUACGUGACCAGGUUUAACCAAGCCCUCCACAACCACCACAGCAACAUCCAGGUGAGCUACAGCACAACAUGGGGCACCAAGUGA